UUAUUGCGCUGGCAACUUGGCAGUGCCCUUCCCCCCAUCACCUACCUGCUGCUGCUCGCCAUUAACCCCCUCCUUCGAGUUCUUUAUUCUCCAAGCCUAUAAAUCCGCCAUUGCUCGCACUCCAUCCCUCGCCAUUGGAGCAAGCAAGCUCGCUAGCUGGCUAUAGGUAGUACUGGUGGCAGUCUUGCUUGGUUCUCAUUCCUCGAUCUCCUUAUAAUAACAAUGGGUAGUAGGGAGGUGCUCGGUGCGCCGCCGCCGACGACGCUGGGGGCCAAUAAGAACAAGAUGGUGUACCACUACCACCGGUUCAUAGGCCACCUCCCGCUCCUCCUCGCCGGCGCGGCGCUCGUCGCCGCGGCCCCGCGGCUGUCGGCGGCGCUGCCGUCCCCGGCGAACAAGCUGCUGGCGCACGGCCUCCUGAGGGAGCUUGCCGCCCUGGGCGUUAGCGCGCCGGCGCUGGCGGUGGCCUGCUGGGCGGCGGCGGUGGCGGCGUGGGCGUACGCCGUGUCGCGCCCCCGGCCCGUGUACCUCGUCGAACUCUCCGGGUACGUCGCCGGCGAGCACCACGAGGCGUCCCGUGCCAAGACGAUCGCGCACUUCGGUCGGUGCGGGCGGUUCAGCGACGAGAGCAUGGCGUUCCAGAAGCGGAUGCUGGAGCGGUCGGGGCUCGGGGAGCGGACCCACUUCCCGUCGUCACUGGUGAGCGUGCCCGUGGACAUGUGCCUCCGCACGGCGCGGGAGGAGUCCCACGCCGUCAUCUUCGGCGUCGUCGAGGACGUGCUCCGGCGCGCCGCCGUGAGCGCCGCCGACGUCGGCGUGCUCAUCUUCAACUCCAGCCUGCUCAGCACCACGCCGUCCUUCACCUCGCUCAUCGCCAACCGCUACGGCAUGCGGCACGACGUCGUCAGCCACAACCUCAGCGGCAUGGGGUGUAGCGCCGGCAUCAUCGCCAUCGACCUCGCCAAGCGCCUGCUACAGGUGCACCCGGACACGUACGCGCUGGUGGUGAGCACGGAGAACAUCACCCUGAACGCGUACAUGGGCAACAACCGCCCCAUGCUGGUGACCAACACGCUGUUCCGCGUCGGCGGCGCCGCCAUCCUCCUCUCCAACCGCGCCGCCGACCGCCGCCGCGGCAAGUACCAGCUCAUCCACACGGUGCGCACCCACCGCGGCGCGCACGACCAGAGCUUCGGCUGCGUGACGCAGGAGGAGGACGACGCCGGGUGCGUCGGCGUCUCCCUCUCCAAGGAGCUCAUGGUGGUCGCCGGCGAGGCCCUCCGCACCAACAUCACCACGCUGGGGCCCCUCGUCCUCCCCAUGUCCGAGCAGCUCCGCUUCCUCGCCACCGUCGUCCUCAACCGCGUCUUCCGCGCCAGGGUCCGCGCCUACCUCCCCGACUUCAAGCUCGCCUUCGAGCACUUCUGCAUCCACGCCGGCGGGAGGGCGGUGCUGGACACCAUAGAGAAGAACCUCGAGCUCAGCGCAUGGCACAUGGAGCCCUCCAGGAUGACGCUCUGCCGCUUCGGCAACACCUCCAGCAGCUCGCUCUGGUACGAGCUAGCCUACAGCGAGGCCAAGGGGAGGAUCCGGAAGGGAGACCGGGUGUGGCAGAUCGCAUUCGGAUCAGGGUUCAAGUGCAACAGCGCCGUCUGGAAGGCGCUCCGGACGGUGGAGGGAGGCGAGGAGGGCAACCCGUGGACGCCGGAGCUCGACGUGCUCCCCAUCCAAGUGCCCAAGGUCUCGCCCAUCGACGAGACCGCAUACACGUUCCCCGAUGGGGUCACCUACAAGGUUGCCGCCGUUGCUGGCUAAAAUAAUUAAUUAUAUAUUGCAUACGUGAGCGCGUAGUGCGUGGUUUCUUUCUGAUCAUGCAUGCGUGCGUGCAUGUCAUCUAAGCGAGGUCGAGGUCAAGAAGGAAGAAGAAGAAGCAGAAGCGCCGUCAUUAUAUUGCCGGGCUUGAUGAUGAUGGACCGGUGCCGGGCGUAUUAGCUAGGGCUUGAUGAUUUGGUUACUAUUUUGCAAUGAUUUGUAAUGUAAAGCUUGAUGAACUUGCGAUGAAAUUAAUUCCGAUUAAUCCAUCUUGCUAUA